GUUAACAAAUACAACGCAAAACGUUUCAAUCGGUGUUUGACCUUGAGGAGCUAUUGAUAAUAUACUGCUCCACAUUAAUGUUAGUGAUGAAACUGAUAUGGAAAUAUGAUUAUUUUGUUUUAUCCAUUCUUAUUUGUAACUGUGUGAGGACAGUAGAAAUCGAUUCCCAUGCUAUACGCAUCGUUGUGAAGUCAGAAGAAAUACAUUUAAAUAGCAUAAAGGAAUCAUUUGAAACAUAUAACUUUCGUUUUGAUGGAAAGAUCAGUAACAACUUGGUCAUAUUUAAAACAAAUAGUUUUGGUUCACAUCGACUGAGUUCGUACGAAUUAGAAAUUCUUCAGCAUUCGAACAGUCAAAUACAAAAACUAUCCCAGAGCUACAGUCUUUAUUCCGACAUCGAAAGAGAAGAGGAAACGACAGAAAGCAAUUCUGAGAAUGACGACCUUGAAAUCGAUGAUGAUGGUUUUGCAAAUGUUUGUGCACCGUUUUUCGACACCGCUCUGGGAAUUGACAAGGCAUGGGCUAAGCAUGGCGUCAGUGGAAGAGGAGUAGUGGUAGGGAUUACAGACGUCGGUCUUAAUUCAGAGGAAAUGGAUAUAACGAAUAUUGUAAAUAAAGAGCUGUCUUGUGACUUUUUGACCGGUGUUCCUGGAGACUUUUCAUCGAUAAAUGCAUAUCUUGGCAGAAAAAGCCAAGCCGCUGCUUCUGUCGGCCUUAUCGUUGGAAAAAAAGCUGGUGAUGCAUGCAUUAAGUGUGGACAAGGUGUGGCCUACGGAGCGAAAGUGGCAGAUUUACAGUUCGCAAAAAGCAAAGGAAACCAAAGGAUGUUUCCAUAUAUAGAUUCCGCAAUUUACGCACGUGCUCUUUCACACCGACGGGAUGCUAUUCAUAUUCUUUCCAACCGAUGGGUGCUGAGAGAGCCGUUUAAAAAGUCUGACUUUUAUGAAGAUGACGUUUUAACGGAAGGCCUGCGACAAGGUAGGCAUGGUCUUGGGUCUGUGUACGUUUUUCCUGCUGGACAGCCUGGAUCAGGUUUGGCUAAUCACAUCGGUAGCAUCACCGUCACGUGUUUGGGUGUCAAUGGAACUGUUGCUGAUGUUAGCUCGGUCAAUGCAGCUACCCUUGUGUCUGUCUUUUGUAAUGGACGAAGAAAAACAGAUACUAGAAUGGUGACCUCUGGCUAUAAAAACAGAAAGUGUGAAACAACACACGACGGUGAAUUGAUCAGCACCGCCAUUGUUUCCGGAAUGAUUGCACUCCUAUUAGAGUCCACGCCCCAUUUGACUGUUCGAGACAUAAAACAUAUUUUGAUACGGUCCUGUAGCCAUCUUGGGCUAGAGUCAACAUCUGAAUUUCAACGAAACGGUGCUGGGAAACAUUACCACCCCAAAUUGGGAUUUGGCUAUCCAGACAUUUCGGCAAUGAUUGACCUUGGUAUGGAGUGGCAACAGUUGCGACCUUUAUGUACAAGAACAGUCGACAUCUCAACGAAUUCACGUCCAAUCAAGUCAACGGAUAUGUACGUUCGCGAAUCGUAUAAUAACGUUAGUUGCGACACGAACACGCCAUGUAUAGACGAGAUGGAAGAAGUUAUAAUUGAAGUGGACUUUGUGUAUUCAAAACAACAUGGCAUGAGGCUUUGGGUUGUGUCGCCAACUGGGACUGUAUCGACCUUAGCCGAGCCCGAUCGCAAUCAGAAAUUGGGACGGGAAGGGAUUAUAAAUACAAGGUUUCGGUCGAACAACUUUUGGGGAGAAAAAAGUCAAGGUCUCUGGCGUGUAUAUCUUGGAUGUGACUUGUCGAAUAUUACCCCUUUUUUGUAUUAUAGCUGUCAUAUUGCCAAGACGCGUUUGACGAUAUAUGGAACUGUGAAUACAGAAUAUGCUGGUCAAUAUUCCCUGAUAAAUGCACAUGUUACAUCUAGCAUGGGGAACAAUGAUUCAUCCAACCAAGUAUUUUUUCAUGUAACAGUAAAAAAAGGCACUGUGAGUUCUGAUUUGAGGUAUUAUACAGGAUUUGGGGUUAUCUUGGGAGUAGUUAUUGUCAUUGCUUUAUGUUUGUUUUUCUUUAGUUUGAAAACAGGUAGUUGUCCUCACCCGUCGCAUGCUGACACCUGGGUCUAAUCGGCGUCAAACUCACCUAUGAAACUGAAUGACUUUAGUAAGGGUUGACAUAUCUUGACCAAACUUGGUCUAUAGAAAGAGUUUAUGGAUACCUUUCAUGGGAUUGUGUUUGGGGUCCCUAGGGUCAAGGUCAAGGUCACAGUUAUUAAAAAUAGAAAAACGGUUGAAACCGAAUAACUUUAUUUAAGGUUGACAUAUCUUAACUAAACUUGGUCUAUAGGAAGAGUUUAUGGAGACCUUUCAUGGGAUUGCGUUUGGGAUCCCUAGGGUCAAGGUCAAGGUCACUGUUACUAGAAAUAGAAAAAUGGUUGAACCUUAAUAACUUUAGUCAGGAUCCACAUAUAUUGACCAAACUUGGUAUAAAAGAAUAGUUUAUGGAUACCUUUCAUAUGAACUUAAACCAAAGAUUUAUGUCAAGUAUUUGAUGCUUUUGUAGCACCUGUUCUUAGUUAUGCUUCGGAAAUAUAGGGUUAUAUCAUGUCUAAAGAAAUUAAAAGAACUCAUUUAAAAUUUUGUAAACGUCUGUUAAAUGUUAGAAAAAAAUACAUGUACAGCAAUUGUUUAUGGUGAGCUUGCCAUAUCCUCUUUAUAUACAUAGAUUUGUUAGAAUUAUCCAGUAUAAGCUUAAGGUUAAAAUAUAUGAUAAUGUCAUACUACGGACUGUAUAUAGGUAUGCACUAUCAGAAUGUGUAAUAGGUAAUAGGUAAGAAUAACUGGGUAUCAAAUAUUAAAAGCGUUUAAAAAAGUAUGGCUUUGGAUAUGUAUUUGAUAACGCCAGUGUACCACAUGGAAAGUACUUUUUGUGUGAGUUAAAAACUAGAAUAAAUUAUUGUUUUAGGCAAUAGUGGUAUCGAUCCCGUGAUAGUCCAGUAUUUUUUUUGUAUAAAGCAAUUAAAAACGCUUUUGGUUUUGAGCAUUAUUUAGACAUAUUACCUAAAAGCGUACGCCUUUUCUUUUGUAGAUUUAGACGUUUUGUUCACCCUUUAAGAAUCCAAACGGGUAGAUCUAACCGUAAUCGUAUUCAACGUGAUGACAUAUAUUGUUUAUGUUGUAAUAGAAAACAUAUGAAAGACGAAUUCCACUUUUAGCUCGACUAUUCGAAGAAAAAUGAGGCUUUACUACUCGUCCCGGCGUCGGAGACCGGUUAAAGUUUUAAGGCAUUUUCACUUAUAACUUCAAUACCUUUCAUUUAAUUCACUUAAUACUUCACAGAGUUGUUCAGGGCCAUAACACAAUGAGGUUAGAUAACUUCAUAUUAUCAGGUUAAAGUUUUAGAGCAAGUUGGGAGUUUUCCUAAUAACUUCUAUACCCUUCAUUCAAUUGACUUAAUACAUCACACUGUUAUCGACGACAUCUUACAAUUAUGUUACAUUACACCAUUUCAUCCUAAAUACAGAUUGUGGCCCCUGAUUGACUUAGGGACUUAAGUUAAAAUUUUAAGCUCAUUGUGUCAAGUUAAAGUUUAAGGGCAAGUCGGUAUUUUCACUCAUUACUUUUAUACCCUUCAUUCAUUUGACUUAAUACUUCACACAUUUGAUUACUGCUAUCACACAAUUAGGUUACAUAACUCCAUAUUAACCCUCAAUACAUAUUUUAGCCCUCCAUUGACUUUUUUUAUUUAUGUUUUUUUGCUUUUGACGGGCACAUUUUUUUUAUAUUUUAACCAAAGUGAAACCAGGUUAUAAGAAUGGCUUAUGCCGUUGUAUGGGCGGAACGGCAUAAGGGGGCGUUGGUAUUAUAUAUCUAUACAUUUUAAUCACCACUGUUUGGGGUUCAAGCACAGAUUUUUUUUUUAAAUCUUGACAGCCGACUUGGUACAAAUGCACAGUCAUGCAUAAGUUGUCAUGUUAAUUACAAAAACGUGUGUGCUUUGGGACGUUAAGCUGUCACAUUUGCCUCGUAUUCUUAGUAUUUAAGUUGGAACAUUUCUUUGUGUAAGAGAAUCCAGGUUGAGUCCGGAAGUUGUGAUGGACUCACAUGUCUGUUAGGUUAUGGCAGAGACAUAGAGAAUAUUAUAUUUUAUCUAAAAAUUUGUUAUUAUGUUAAAAAUGAACAUUUUGAUAAAGAAAAAACAUUUGAACAAUUGUUGGUUUGAUGAGUUAGAGUUCUGCUGGUUAGACACUUAAGAGUUCUAUAAAGUUCUGGAGAGUUACAUGGCAUUACGUCACACGAGUGUUUUUUGUUUGUUUGUUUGUUUCAAAUGUUAUUGCAAGGCUUGGGAAUAUUAUAUAUACUAAGCAUAUCUAAUUAAAAGGGAAAUUCAUCCAGAUACAUCGUCGCGUACAUUACUAAUUGUUUUUAUUUCUUCAACAAUAAGUUAAAAUUAUUGUAGUUGAUGGCGUAUCCUUGCACCAUUUCGAUUUGUUUCUCCAACAUACCUUGCCAACGAGUCAUUUUAAUAUUAACCAUCUUUAAUGCUUCGAUUAAUUAAUUGAUUGAUUGCCUGUUUUCGGAUAUAUGAGACUGGGAUACGUUUAAAAUAUAUAUUAAUUGAUAUUAGAAAAGAAAUAAUCUGGGGCAAUAAAUUUAUAAAACAUAAUAAUAAAAGCAUACUGUUUAAGAAUUGGAUUGAAUCGGAUAUAAUAUUCGUAAACGACAUUCUUUCAAAUACUGGCACUAUAGACACCAAUCUGAUUCUAAAUAAACUUAAAAACAAAACUAAUUGGAUAGCGGAAAUUAAUAUAGUUAAAAAGCCAUUCCGAUCCAAUGGAAAAUAAUAAUAAUGUCAAUUCAAAACUUUUAAUAAGGUUUCGGAACAAACUAAUCAACGAAAUGACAAAUAAGGAAAUAUAUCAGCUCUUUGUCCGGCAAAUUUUCGAAAAACCGUAUAUCCAUAGUUACUGGAAUAAACGUGUACAAGAAAGUAUCUAGUGGAAAUCAUGGUAUUAUAUAGUUCAUGAAUCUAUCGUUGACAACAAAGUUAAACAAUUCAAAAUUAAAUUAUUAAAUAGUUUAGUGGCGACUAACUUAAAUUUAUUUACAUGGAUUGUGAGACAGUCCCCUGUGUAUGUGUUGUUCUGAAAGUUGAAGAUUAUCAGCAUUUGAUUGUUCUUCAUUAUCCAAUUUUGGUCGACGAUAAAUGCCUUAUUUAAAAAAUGUGGUAUAAAGAAAAUGUUUAAUGACAUCAAAUAUAUUGUAUUGGGAUAUAAGAUAUACCAAAAAGAAUACAACUGUGUUAAUAUUGUUUAAAGUCAAAUAUUUUACUGUAUAUUUAAAACAUACUUCAUAUGCGACCGGAGAAUGAAGCCCAUAAAUAUAUUUUCUUAUUUAUAUUACGAUCUGAUUGCUUUAGAAACAUACCUACGAAUAAAAAAUGUCAAUUACCGAUUCCUGAAUGACUUUAUAAAAAACCUUAAGUACAUUCAAUAGAUACUUUGAGUAUAUAUAUAUUUUUUAAAUCUUUGUUUAUGUAAUACUUUAUUACCUGUGACAUUGUUGCUUUUAUGAUCUAAUAAACGGACUGUUAUACUUUAGCAGUUCCAAAAAGAAAAAGAAAAACGUUUAAAACGGUUAAACUACUUUCGAGAAUAUGUAUCACCGUUUGUUGUGUAUGCGCUAUCUUAGCAACGUUAUGUCUCAAGGCUUGAACGUCAGAAUCGUCUGUUACCCCGAAUAGAAAUUUGAAUAUGCCUACCAAAGGCAAUAUAGACCGUUUAGAUCGUUGGCCUAAAGUUCGUAGAUCUUUAUAGCUAAAUAAUAUUUUUGCGUAAGUGUCCUGCACGUUUCCCAAAUCUAACUAAAUGUUUUCGAUGGUUUCAAUGAAUGCGUCUUUAUCAGUAUACCUUUCAUUCUUCUCAACAUGCAUUAUAACUUGAUUAGCCAUUUCGGUACUAUUUGUUAAUCAUUGAUCAACUUGAUCAAGAAAAUUCGCAAACACAUUAGUGUCGAUAACCAGAGCUAAUUGCCAGUAUCACUAGGUGACAGAAAUAUCUUUUAGUUUUUGACAUAUUACAUUAUCGUAUAUUUCAAAAGCAACGAUCAUGCCAAUUGCGUUUGGUUUUAUUCAUAAAUUGUCACCAAAAACUAGACGAGCUGUAUAUGUAUUUGUAUUUCCUUUCUACAUGUUUGUUUGUUUUGUUUCCUGUUGUUGUUUUAUCACACCUGAUGUAUCUCCAAUCUAUUGGUAUUAGGUUCCUCUAUAAACGGCAAUACUGCUUCUAUUUUCAUGUCUUAUUCGAUUUCUUUCCACAAUUUUCAAGGUUUAUGUGUUAAAGAAUAUAUUUAACAUUCUCACUUCCAUAUCAACCAUCAUGCACGCUGAUUUGUGUGUAACUUGGUUGAUGUUUUCCUUUUUUUCUUUUGUUCUAUCCAUUUUUGAGUAUUUACUGGAAAAUCUGUCAAUGAUGCAAAACUCAUUUAAAAUGUGUUAUACAUGAAACUUUAUAUAUUUUGAUUGUUUAUAUGUGUGUGUAUUCUAUAUGUAUGUUUAUAUUUUGUGUAAUGUGACGAUGAGCUGUAUAUGCUUAAGUCAAAAAUAAAUUUUCUGUUCUGUUCUGUUCUGCGUACAAGAGUACAAGGUAAUCAAGAUUAUUCAUCCUUGUUUUUUUUCUGAAAAUAGAUUAUUAAUAUAAUUGUUAACAAUCAAUCAGUAACAAUCGAUAUAGAGAUAUUUACAGUAUUUACAAACAAUGCACUAAUACCGUGCGAAGCCUCUAUGUAUGUGAACAUGUAUACAUAUGCGAAAGUCAAAUAAUAUUCUUCUACUAACUUUGAUAAUUGCAAUAGUACUUUUUCAGUUCAUCCUUUAUAUGUCAAUAAUACUAGACGCUAUCUGCAUAGUUUAGUUGUAAUGUUGAUAUAUUUAUAUGAAAACAUAACACAAAAAAACUGUAAAAUUUACGUGUAAUAAAAUAUGUUCUUUUCUGUUCUGUAUACUAUUAUAGUUUGAUAGAUUUGUGAUUUACAAUUCCAGUUCAUCCUUAAACGUAUAUAAUACAUAUUAUAAUCAAUUUAAGUGUAAUUGUAAUAUAUUUUUUUAUUUAAUAUGUAUAUGAAACACAAAAACUGUAUAGUAUACGUGUAAUAAAUUCUGUUCUGUUCUGUUCUAUGUCAACAUUCUCAUAGCAAAUCGUAGACAGCUUUUACAUAGCACAACUUUGUCAUAAGACACAGCAUAACGGACAAACAUUUUAACAUUGUUUUUGUCGCGUUCUUUUUAUGACUCGAAUCCUUCUUAUGCUUUUUAGUAGUAGGUAUUUUAGCUGAAACAGUCUCAAUAUUCAUUUCUUCAUAGUCGCUCGUGUAAUCACUCACCUAUGGUCUCGAAUAAUUUUAGUUAGGUUUGCCAUAUGGUGACCAAACUCGGUAUGUAGGAAGAGCUUAUGUAGGCAUGCAAUAUUUGGUCAAGAUCACUGUUACUUGCAAAAAAACCCCAGUUAAAACUGGAUCUCACACCGAAUGCUUGUCUUUCUUUUUUUAUUGCUUUUGACAGGCAUAUAUUACAUCAUUACUAUAUUCAUUUCUAAGACAAGGCAGCAUAUAAUCAUUUGUGCUGUCUUACAAUAGCUCUUGUAUUUGAAAUUGUCGAUGCUUUGAUCUUAUUAGAAAGAAAUACAUCAAAUAACACGUCAUCAUUAUAUUUGUCCAUCUGUACUAAAAUUUAUUGAAUUGUUAAAUACAAAAAAAAUAGACAAGAACUCAUAAAACUAUCUUUAUUUGUCAAAGAAGCGUAAUGUACAAAACGAACAAUUUUAAAUAUUGAAUUAAAAUAAGGAUUGGUUUUUGUUUGUUCUUUGUUUUUGGUACAUCCUCAAAUACUUUGAAUAUGUCUAUAAAUUUGUAUUCUUAUUGACUUAUUAUUGAAUUACCCGUGUUUUCACCUGGUGUUAAAUUAUUAUAUUGAGACACUUUGUAUAAGUCUUAAUAAAGUAUCUGU